UUUUAGGCCCUGGUUGAAAGACUAAGAGAAAGUGAAUAAAGGCUACAGAGUUGCGAAUAAUAUGAGGUCGGUUUUAAAUAAUAUAAUUCGGAUAUUAUUAGCAUCAAGUGUCCAUUGCCUAAAGUAUACGGAGCCAUUAUGUACAAAGAUUCCUAAAACUAAUGCCAAGUGUAAAUUAGAUAAUGUUCGUGUGGAGGAUCAACUCGUAUUCGCCCACGUUAUAUUCCGCCAUGGUGAACGGAAUAUAGAGAAAUCGUAUCCAAAUGAUCCAUACAAAGAAGAAAAAUAUUGGUUGGGUGGAUUUGGCGCACUGACUAAUGUGGGCAAGCGAGAAGUGUAUGAACUUGGAAAAUACUUACGCAGAAGAUAUAGUGAGCUCAUCGGAGAUUCUUAUUCGCCCAAAAACAUUUAUAUUCGUAGCACUGAUUUUGAUAGAACAUUGAUGAGCGCAUCAGUGCUUGCCGCAGCCGUAUACCCGCCGUCUGGAGAUGAAAUCUGGAACGAUGAAAUCGCUUGGCAGCCAGUGCCGAUACACACGGGGCCAUUGCAUGAAGAACAACUGUUGCCGUGGAAGAUUCCUUGCCCCAGGUUCAUGUUCUUGUUCGAACAGUACCAAUCAUCGCCAGAAUAUAAAUCGAUCUUUGCUAGAUACGAACCAUCAAUUAAGCACUGGGAAAGGCAUUCGGGCCAAUCACUUGAUAAACUUGCUGAUAUUAUGUACUUGUAUGACACACUUUUUGUGGAAAAUCGAAAAGGUUUCGUUUUAGAUGACUGGGCCAAUGAAGCCUUAUGGGACAGUACAUUGAAAUAUCUCGCUGCAUUUCAUUUGCAAUCGUUUACACAUUCAACAGAGCUCAAAAAACUCGAGGCCGGAUACGUUAUUAAAGAUAUGUUGGAUCGUUUUAGAAAUAAAUCUCAAUCUCUGCUUAAGCCCAAUCAAUCAAUAUGGCAUGGUUCACUUCAUGUUUAUGCAUGUCAUGAUCUUAGCAUUGUGAAUAUUCUGAAUGCCUUGAACUUAUAUGAUCUACAUAUUCCAAACUAUGCUUCGAGUCUUCAUUUUGAAUUAUACCGAACGAAUGGAACAGAAUACUAUGUGCAGCUAUUUUAUAGAAACCAAAAUCAAGAAAUUGUUGAUUCACCAUUAGAGAUUCCCAAUUGUGGUACAAAAUGCCAUUUGGACCAAUUCAACGAAUUAUACAGAGACAUUUUACCAACUGAAUCAGAAGACUACGACUCAGUGUGCCGUGUAUCUACAUGAAAUUAGCAAUCAAGAUUUAUGUGUAUUUUGAGUAAAAACUCCGACGAAACACA